AUGCCCAAGAGGAAGGUCAGCUCUGCCGAGGGGGCGGCCCAAGAAGCACCCAAGAGGAGGUGGGCCAGGUUGUCAGCCACACCUGCUCCUGCAAAAGUGGACUCGAAGCCAAAAAAGGCGGCAGGAGAGGGUAAAUCUGCAGCCAAAAAGGUGCAAAGGGAAAGGAAAAGGGGAGCAAAGGGAAAGCAGGCGCCAGGGGCUGACCAGGAGCCCACAGAAGAUCUGCCUGCGGGAAACGGAGAAACUGAAGGCGGGGGAGGGGCGCGGGGGAGUCCAGCCUCCGAUGCAGCAGGAGAGAAAGAAGCCAAGUCUGGUGAAUGCAUCCUCUUCCGCAAUCACCCAUCCAAACGCGGCUACUGUGGGAAAGUCCUCCGGCCAUUGGCGCUUCGUGGUCGUUAA